AUGGGAUGCAUUUAUGACUACCUUCGCAAAGGCUUUGACCCUGACGCAGACGAAAUCACAAAAUUUAUCAAGGCAAACGACCAUAAAGCUUCCAGGAUAAAAUUUGCACCACUGAAAAGAGAAAUUGAAAAAAUUCUUAAUGAAAAUCUGCCUAAUGAAGAAGAGCCACAACAAAUAAAAACUUUGCCUCUGAAAACAGCCCCUUCUCCGCCUGCACAAAAACCUGCUAAAAAUGAGCAGGUUUUUACGACAGAAUUGAAAUUUAAAGAUAUCGGCGGAAUCGACCAAAUUAUGAAAGAUAUCCAAGAACUUGUAGUUUACCCUAUGGUCCAUCCUGAGGUAUAUAGAGAGCUACAUAUAGAACCUGCAACUGGGGUUUUAUUGUGUGGGCCUCCAGGGACUGGAAAAACUUAUCUUGCCCAUGCAAUUUGUGGAGAAUUAGGUGUACCUUUUUAUAUACUGUCUUUUAAAAGAAUGAUAAAAAAUCCUGGAUUUAAAAAUAGCACCCUAAAUUUUGAGAAAAUCAAUAAAAUUGAGCAUAAGCUCGCAGCCCCAGAAAUUGUCUCCGGCAUGUCUGGCGAAUCUGAACAAAAACUCCGCGAGCUAUUUAAAAAAGCUUCAGAAUCCGCCCCGAGCAUCAUUUUUAUAGAUGAAAUCGACGCAAUUGCUCCAAACCGCAGCAACACCCACCGCGAGAUGGAAAAGCGCAUUGUCUCGCAGCUCCUCACCUGUAUGGACGAUUUGCGUGGCUUUUUAAGCCACGGAAAAGUUGUCAUAGUCCUUGCUGCUACCAACCGAAUCGAAUCUAUCGACACAGCCCUGCGCCAAGCUGGGCGCUUUGACCGAGAAAUUCAUUUUGGCAUCCCAAGCGAGCCUCAGCGUUUUCAAAUCCUAAGCCUUCUUAUGAAAGACUUAAAAAUUAGAGGCGACAUUGACAUCCACGCCAUUGCCAAGCUGACUCCAGGCUAUGUCGGGGCUGAUUUGCAGUCUUUGGUAAAAGAAGCUGGGAAUAGGGCGAUUUCGAGAGUAAUGCAAGAAGAAAUGCUGGACCUUGAGAACUUGUAUAUAGAAAUGGGAGACUUUUUGCAUGCAGUUAGCAAGGUACAGCCCAGUUCGAAAAGAGAAGGAUUUUCGACGAUUCCUGAUACAACUUGGCAGGAUAUUGGUGGAAUGGAAAAUUUGAGGACUGAGCUGUAUUUUAGCAUUGUACAUGCGAUACAGUGCCCAGAAAAAUACCAAGCCGUAGGAAUUACAGCGGCUGCUGGAGUUUUACUGUGUGGUCCACCUGGGUGUGGGAAAACACUGCUUGCUAAAGCAGUUGCGAAUGAAAGCAAGGCAAAUUUUAUUGCGGUUAAUGGCCCAGAGCUGCUUAUACACAUUUACAGUGAAUAAAAUAUAUAAAUAAAACAGAUUUUUUUUGCUAUAAAAAAUGUAAAAAAGAUAGUAAAUCGCUAUUUAUUUAUAGGAAAUAUUAUAAUAAAUAUGUAGGAGAAAGCGAAAAAGCAGUAAGACAGCUAUUCCAAAGAGCAAGGGACUCAGCACCUUGCGUGAUAUUUUUUGAUGAAAUUGAUUCUCUAUGUGCUGCAAGAGGAGGGGAUAAUCAAGCUACUGAAAGAGUCGUCAACCAGCUGCUUACAGAGCUUAAUGGCCUACAAGAUAGACGACAAGUAUUUGUGAUUGCAGCGACGAACAGGCCUGACAUUAUUGAUCCGGCCAUGCUAAGACCAGGAAGACUUGACAAAAUUCUGUUUGUGCCGCUGCCUGAAGAAGGGGAAAGAAAAAGCAUUUUACAAGCUUUAACAAGGAGCUCUCCACUGGAUUCUGAUAUAAAUUUAGAUUUAUUAGCUGAAAAAACAGUCGGGUUUAGUGGAGCUGAUUUGUCGUCAUUAGUAAGAGAAGCUGCUUGUUUGGCCCUUCGGCAAGAAAAUCCUCCAUAUAUUAUUACACACAAUCAUUUUUCAGAAGCUCUUUAUAAAGUAAGGCCUUCUGUCACACCUCAUCAGAAAGCACAUUAUGAAAAAAUGAGGGAAAAUUUAGCUAUUAAAUCAGGUAAUUAA